AGAAAAAAGCUUAAGCCCUUACCCCUUCAAUGCAAGCUUUUAGUAUCAAUUUGUAUUAGUUUUAUACUAUGGUCCUGUGUUUCCUGCCCAAAGCAUUGGACCUUUUGAAGGAACUGAGCUAUUUGUGGGUACAAUAUUUAGAAGCUAAAAUGAGGCCACUAGAGUGUUUUAAACAGUAGCGCCCCCUUAUCCACGGCUGACAACGUCCCAAGACACCCAGUGGAUGCCUGAAAUCGUGGAUGGUUUGCGUUUCCUCACUGCCUUGUCUUGAAGACAACGAUGCCAAAGAAAGUGAAGCCUGCAGGGGAUGGGAAGGAAGAGGGGCCUGUUCCCUGUAAGCAGGUGAAGCUGGAGGCAGCUGGUGGGCCUUCCCCUUUGAACCUUGACAGUCCCAGUGGCCUCUUUGAAAGUUUAAUCUCGCCCGUCAAGACAGAGACUUUUUUCAAGGAAUUCUGGGAGCAGAAGCCCCUUCUUAUCCAGAGAGAUGACCCUGUGCUGGCCACAUAUUACCGGUCCCUGUUCAGGCUCUCAGAUCUGAAGAGUCUGUGCAGCCGGGGUAUGUACUAUGGAAGAGACGUAAAUGUCUGCCGGUGUGUCAAUGGGAAGAAGAAGGUUUUAAAUAAAGAUGGCAAAGUGCACUUUCUUCAGCUGAGAAAAGAUUUUGAUCAGAAAAGGGCAACAAUUCAGUUUCACCAACCUCAGAGAUUUAAGGAUGAGCUUUGGAGGAUCCAGGAGAAGCUGGAGUGCUACUUUGGCUCGUUGGUUGGCUCGAAUGUAUACAUAACCCCUGCGGGUUCUCAGGGCCUGCCGCCCCAUUAUGAUGACGUAGAGGUGAGGGGGGAGGAAACUGCUCGGCUCCGGGAGGACGAGUUGCUGCCAGCCCGGGUUUUCAUCCUGCAGCUGGAGGGAGAGAAACACUGGCGCCUGUACCACCCGACGGUGCCCCUGGCGCGGGAGUACAGCUUGGAGGCUGAGGACAGGAUCGGGAGGCCAGCACACGAGUUCACAUUGAAGCCAGGAGACUUGCUGUACUUUCCCAGAGGGACCGUUCAUCAGGCGGACACUCCCUCAGGGCUGGCCCACUCCACGCACGUGACCAUCAGCACCUACCAGAGCAGUUCAUGGGGAGAUUUCCUUUUGGACACCAUUUCAGGGCUCGUGUUUGAUACUGCAAAGGCAGACGUAGAGCUACGGGCCGGCAUACCCCGGCAGCUGCUCCUGCAGGUGGAAACCACAGCCGUUGCAACAAGAAAAUUAAGUGGCUUUCUGAGGAUGCUUGCAGACCGGCUGGAGGGCACCAGAGAACUGCUUUCAGCAGACAUGAAGAAGGAUUUUGCUAUGAACAGACUCCCACCGUACUAUGUGGGAGAUGGAGCAGAGCUUUCAACACCAGGUGGACGGUUACCGGGGUUGGACAGCACUGUGAGGCUGCAAUUUAGAGACCACGUUGUCCUCACUGUAGGACCCGAUCAGGACCCAUCCGAUGAAACUCGAGAAAAGAUGGUUUACAUCUAUCAUUCCUUAAAGAAUAGGAGAGACACACACAUGAUGGGAAAUGAGGAAACAGAGUCUCAUGGACUUCGCUUUCCUUUAUCACAUAUCGAUGCACUGAAGCAAAUUUGGAACAGUUCAGCUAUUUCUGUCAAGGACCUGAAACUUACUACAGAUGAGGAAAAGCAAAGCCUGGUAUUAGCCCUCUGGACAGAAUGUUUAAUCCAAGUAGUCUAGUGCCUUUGCUUCUUUUUAAAUAUGUAUAUAUAAAAUAGUUAGUAGACACUUGAUUCUGCAAAGAUUUACAUGCUAGGGAGCCCCUGUUGCUUUGAACCAAGGACAUAAUGAAUGUAACUUUCCUUACCUGUGUAUCUAAUAACAUAACAUGAGACCUACCUGUUAAAGGUGACCAGUUGGCCAUGUGUACUAACAGAGGUACAUAGAAGAAAGAACAGCAAAUUACUAAAUGUCCCAGAAGGUGACAAAAACCGUACUUCUUGACAAGUUUAUUUAAUCCAGUGUGGUAGAAAAGGCACAGCUCAAUAAAUGUAUCAUUUAAAUUUACAUGUCGUUACCUGGCUUUGUCUUUGUUCUUUGGAAGAAACAACUUCUUUAAAGAGCCUCACUGGCUCUAGAAAAAUUUUAAACAAUUAACAUGAAGAAUUUUUUAACUUGGUUUUUUACAGUGAAAAUAUACAUACCUACCUUUGUGUACACACAAGGCCUCCCAUUAAAAUAAAGUUACCCUAUAACAUCAAUUUCAUUAAAUAAUACUGCCACACUAACAGGCACUCACAUCUGUGGGCAUAAAAUAGUUUUACAGAUGUUGCUUGAAAGAUGACAAAAGAGCCUGAGAUUGAAGGGAAGGGGAAAAAAAACACAAUAAUAUUUACAUGGAAAGACCAAGUCUAUAAAAAAUACUCAAAAUAGUGGGUCUUUGAGUUUAAACAGUUCACUGUUAACAUUCUAAAGUGCAUACAGGUUGAUAUUUUUAAAAAUAUCAUUGGAGAAUUUAAUCUUUCUGUAUAUAAAAAUAGAGCAGACCUUUUUCUGCUUUCUGGCAAAAGUUGGGGAUGAAGGGAACAGUUGUCUCAAUGUAAGUUUAAAACCAACUCAGGAGGGAAAAAUGCUUGAGAAUUGUAUAGUGAUGGUGGUAAUGAUUACUUGAAACUAAGUCAAAGACAUUAUCCUACCUGAUUUUGCUUGAAUGAAAGCUAUUUAAAAUGGGAGUGAAAAACUGAGUUUUCUGUCACAUUUUGUAAAGUAAAGUGGUAUAGUCAAGGAUCAGAUACCACUUGGUCUUAAUUUGAACAUCUGAAAUUUCCCCUUACUUCAGGCAAAGAAAAAUUUGACUAUUCUUACACGUAGGUGACAGAGUCUUUAUAAACACUUCUUGAGGGUAGAUCAGGUGAGGUCUCAGAACCAGGAUAGGUAAGCCCCGGUUACUUACAGUCUUGUCACCCAGAAGGGUGUCUCUGUUAAUACUUAGAGUGCAAGGACAGCCGCAGGCUACUUGUGCUUUUUUAGUUUGAAGGACCGAGCAAACAACAGCCACAGAAAACACUCCUGUACUUGAGCCUUUUCCUUACAAAGCUGAGGUCCCCUCCCUGGGGUCAGUUACAAGUGUGAAUACUUACGGUGCUUCAGUUAUAAAAGCUUCAAUAGGGAACCUUUAAUGUUUAUCUAAUACAGCAGCUUAAUAGUAAGGUUUAUUAAAUAUGUUUUCAGAUAUUGCGAAAAAUAUUAUUCAUCUUUUUAAAAGUAUGACUUGACCUAUAGGACUCUGCUUCUCUGUGCCUUGCAUUCACACACACAUCUACUAGGAGGUUAAUUAACACAGGAUGACAGCAUCACCAGUGUCCUAUAAUGGCUAUCAGAGAUAGGAUUCGUGUUUGGUGGAAAGGAGAGAGAAGAGACUUCAAGAAGCUUGCUCACCGAAGCUGGAGAUCAAGCAGGAGUAGAACCUUUCCCAGAAAUCGUUAACGCCUUCUUCAUAGGAACACUGGAUGACUGGCAAGAAUAUUUUGAGCUUUUCCACGGUUAACAACAAUAGUCUUCAAGGUUGGGGAAGAAGUUCAUUCUGCUCAGUGAUCCCAGAAGCAUGAGGACAGGUAGCUUCCUUUUCACGGGGCAUGAGGGUCCUUCUCCCCUUGCUCUCUCUCAGGGAUGCUGCAGAUUCUCUCACAAUAUUUCAAUGUCCCAUUUCUGUGUUUCUUCU